AGCGUCUGCAUUUACAGAGACGAAACAUGUCUCCGAACCUCAUCCACCUUAAACUUCUUUCUUCUUCUUCAUCCAUCUUCUGCUUUCACUCUUCCUCUUCACUCUUUACUCAUACUCUUUCAAAACCUUUCUUGCUCUUACAAUCCAUAACCUCUUUGUCCUCUCUCUCUCUACGUGCAGCUCAAUUUGAUGCCCCUCACUCUUCAACAACCCCCAUUUCCCUCCCACUCCAACAACCACAACACCAAGAAGACACAGAACAGGAAGAAGGUCAUGACCCAGAUGAUCCAAACUACAAUUUCUCCGGCAAUGACGCAUGGGUUUCCUCCCAAGACGCUCAAGACCAAGAAAAAUUGUUCCUUGAGGAGAACCCUUAUACCUCGUGGCACAUCGAUGAAGAGCCUGAAAUGAGUUUGGAGAUUGAUGAAAUGGGGUGUUGUCAAAAGAGGAAAUUGCGUGAGGCUGAGGGCGUUGUGGGGGAAAUUGUUCAACUUGCAAGCAACUUGCCUCAAAAUAUGACUCUGGAGGAGGCUUUGGGUGAGUAUGAAGGAAGGGUCAAUGAGAAAGAUUGUUGGGAGGUUCUAGAAAUACUUGGGGAGGAGCGCCUCUUGCUGUGUUGUGUGUGUUUCUUUCAGUGGAUGAGGUUGCACGAACCAUCACUUGUUACACCUAGGGCCUGUAUUGUGUUGCUUCCAUUGUUGGGAAAAGGGGGGAUGGGUGAUGAGGUGAUGGGUUUGUUCAGAAACUUGCCAUCUAGCAUGGAGUUCAGAGAUGUUCAUGUUUAUAAUGCCACAAUUUCAGGACUUCUGUAUGGUGGCAGGUACGAAGAUGCUUGGAAAGUGUAUGAGUCAAUGGAAACAGAGAAUAUUCAUCCAGAUCAUGUGACAUGUUCUAUUAUGAUUACCGUUAUGAGAAAACUUGGCCAUAGUGCAAAAGAUGCAUGGCAAUUUUUUGAGAAAAUGAAUAGAAAAGGGGUCAAAUGGAAUGAAGAAGUCCUAUGUGCAUUAGUAAAGUCUUUUUGUGAUGAGGGUCUGAUGCGGGUAGCUUUGGUCAUUCAAUCCGAAAUGGAGAAAAAAGGGGUUUCUUCAAAUGCUAUUGUGUACAACACUCUGAUGGAUUCAUACUGUAAAUACAACCAUGUAGAAGCAGCUGAAGGGCUUUUUGUGGAGAUGAGAGCCAAAGGGAUUAAGCCUACUGUAGCUACCUUCAACAUUCUAAUGCAUGCAUACAGCAGAAGAAUGCAACCCAAGAUUGUAGAAAAGCUAAUGGCAGAAAUGAAAGAUGUUAGCUUGAAGCCAAAUGCUGAAUCGUAUACUUGUCUAAUCAGUGCAUAUGGUAAGCAAAAAACCCCGAGUGACCUGGCAGCUGCAGAUGCGUUCUUGAGGAUGAAGGAAGUUGGUAUAAAAUCCACCUCAUAUUCUUAUACAGCACUAAUCCAUGCAUAUUCAGUUAAUGGCUUGCAUGAGAAAGCUUACAUAGCAUUUGAAAACAUGAAAAUGGAAGGUAUUAAACCUUUUGUAGAAACAUACAAUACUUUACUAGAUGUUCUUAGGCGUGCAGGUGAAGCUCAAACACUUAUGGAAAUAUGGAAGUUGAUGAAGAAUGACAAAAUCGAACCGACACGAACGACAUUCAACAUUCUUGUUGAUGGUUUUGCUAAACAGGGUCUCUACAUGGAGGCAAGAGGCAUUAUAUCUGAGUUUGGAAAGCUUGGAAUGCAACCAACAGUGAUGACAUACAAUAUGCUGAUAAACGCACAUGCAAAGGGAGGGCAACUCUCAAAACUGCCACAGAUAUUCAAAGAGAUGGCAGUUCUUAAAUUACAACCAGAUUCUGUAACUUACUCAACUAUGAUAUUUGCCUUUGUCAGAGUUCAUGAUUUUAAGCGGGCAUUUCUUUAUCACAAGCAGAUGGUCAAGAAUAAACAGACUAUGGAUGUCAGUUCUUAUCAGACUCUUCUGGCCAUUCUGGAGGCCAGAGCUGCUCGGAAAAACAAGGAUUGGAGAGCCUUGCUUGCUCAGAUUAAAACUAAGACAGGUGUGAAAGUGAUUAGGCAGAAAGAUGAGUUUUGGAAGUACUACAAGAAAAGAUAUGUAAGAAAAAAUAGUUCUGAUGUAAGUGUACAGUAAGUUAAGGAUAGAAUGCUCUGUAAGAAUUGUAGGUUCAAUUUUGGCACACUUUUCUUUUCUCUAAGAAUCAAUAUUAGGAGUUUCUUGACAUUAGCUGUGAAGAAUAUGUGUCACUAUAUACUGCCCCUUCAAUCAGCAAUAUCUUUCACUCAUUAUAUUUGUACGUUGACAUUGAAUGUCAACAACGAUUAAUAGAACAGAUUAAUGUAGUCAAAGACGUUUUAUGUU